GGCCGCUUUAUCCGCGAGACCGGCCCGGAUAUUAACAGCCUAGGGCGCCCAAACCGGCGAGUGCCCCGCCAUCAACCCCAUGGGGCCAAAGAGGAGUCGAUCUGUUAAGGUACUGUACUCCUAGAGGUAGGUAGGUACCGAGGUAGUGAAUGGGAAUGAGGGGAAACAGGAACGACUCCAUUCGAAGACGACGACUGGAGGGGAACAGGCAUCUAUGUAACGCGUGUUUAUCGCUCAAUCGCCAGUUCUUGUCUUUUUUUGUAUUUUUUAUAUCUUUAACUGUCAAACCUCCCAUCGACAAAUGUCAUCUGUCAAGCCCGAGGGAUACCCGAGCAUCAAUCGCGUGGAGGAUACACUAGACGUAACCAGCAACAAUGGCCUCCAACACCCCAUUCACCCUCAAGUGGGGUAUCAUGGCAACCGGGUGGAUUGCUGAGACAUUCACCCAGGAUCUGCUCACCAAUCCCGCCACCACCCGCGACGUGCACGAUGUCCGCCACGAGGUCGUUGCCGCGGCCUCGUCUAGCUCCAAGCAGAGGGCCGAGGAGUUCCUUGUCAAGGUCAAGGCCCCCAGUUCGGCCAAGGCCUACGGAUCCUACCACGAGCUCGUCGCCGACCCCGAGAUCGAUAUCAUCUAUGUGGCCACCCCGCACAGCCAUCACUUCCAGAAUGCCAUGCUUGCUCUCGAGGCCGGCAAAAAUGUCUUGUGCGAAAAGGCCCUCACGGUAACGGCCUCGCAGGCCCGUAAGCUGGUCGACAUGGCCAAGAAGAAGAAAGUCUUUUUCAUGGAAGCAGUCUGGACUCGCUAUCAGCCCAUCAGCAUCAAGGUCAGGGAGUUGAUCCAGUCUGGAGUCAUUGGCCCCGUCUACCGUGUUGUUGCCGAUCUGUCGUUCGGCAAUGACCAACCCGACGGCACCGUCAGCUUCGCCGACACCCACCGCAUGGUUAACCCGGACCUGGCUGGUGGUGCCCUUCUUGACCUCGGCAUCUACUCGCUGACAUGGGUCUUCCAGACCAUGUACCAUUUGCAAAAGGAGAAGGAGAAGCCCAAGGUUGUGGCGGCCGUUCAAAAGUACCAUACGGGCGCCGACGAGGCUACCAGCAUCAUUGUGCAGUGGCCGCAACACAAGAGCCAGGGCAUUGCCCUCACCUCUCUCCGGCUAGCGACCGGGGUAGACAAAGAGAACACGGGCGGACCGGGUAUCCGGAUUCAGGGCUCCGGCGGCGAGAUUCACGUGACGGGACCGGCGUUUCGGCCGCUGCAGUACAAGGUGAUCCGAGGUGAUGCUGGCGGCAAGAUCGAGACGGUCGACUUUUCGAUCCCCAAGGAUCCCGAGCGGGAUUGGGGCCACGGCAUGUUUUGGGAGGCGGACGAGUGCGCGCGCUGCAUCCGGGACGGCAAGAAGGAGAGCGAGUCGUUGCCGUGGGAGGAGAGCCUGGUGAUGAUGGAGGUGAUGGAGGAAGCGCUGAAGCAGGGCGGAGUGACGUAUCCCGACCUGAUCACGACUGAUGUGUUUGAUGCGCAGAGCCCCCUGAACACGGGCAAGAGGUAAAGUGAUGGGUCCGGUCGGUCUGGCUAGAGGAGGUCGUCAGCCGAAGUGCAUGGCAGCGCGCAUUGUGCAGCGCAGCAUUGCAGCCGAACUCGAACUGCUGUUCAUUAGAGUGCGACGGUAGCCAACGUGGAGUCUAUCGAUGGGAGAAGUGAGAAGUGAGAUCGGAGAUUUCUUCUUCAAAGACAUGAACCAACAAGGGAGACUUGUGAUGGAUGCACCCCCCAGCGUGUCGAAUGAACAAGUACCUAGAGGUGUCUCCAUGUGCCCCUCAUGUAGCGGCCUUGUACCUGACUCUGUGUCGUGCCAGCAGGAGCCGAAGUCCCCCCCAUGCGUGCGGGCACAGGCAGUCAUGAUGCAGUCAAAACUGGCGGCCAGCAAGUUAGACCUGUGCACCCUUCAGGCACAUUUAGGCCCCCCUCUGGUUCCUCCAGAAUCCACACAUCUGGGUCCGAUCAGAGUCAGACUUGGUCUGUAAAACGGUACACAGCAAGGUUGAGCAGGUUUUACAAACCGGCAAAGAUUACCGAGCGAGCGAGGACUGUCGUCGGGAGAUUCCGAUCGAUUCUAUACGGCGGCUGUCGUGAUGAUGUUGAAGAAACCGUCAAAGGCUGGCGCGGCUCCGAGAGAAAAUUGGAUGCGAACGCCCGUCAGCCACCGUCAGCCCAUCACGCACAGACGUCACUUUGGGGGCCUUUUUUUUUUUUUUUUUUCUUUUUU